GCGGGGCCAAAAUCACAAAGCUGCAAAGAAAUGACUAAAUCCAAACGAUAGGAUUGCAAUGAAUUUUCACUAAUCAUAAGAAAAGACCAUUUGACAAAUUAGUGAAGAAUAAUUAGGGAAGAAUGUGGCCGUUUGUGGAUGUGGGGCGUCCCCUGUUGGCAGGAAGUGGUCGUUAUAUUAAGGUUUCCGCCUCCGGCAGACAUAUUGCCGAACUUACUGGAGCAAAUUAUUGAACAUAAGGAAAGAGAAAGGACUUCAAACUUGAUUAGUUUUUUUUUUUUACUACACUGCGCCAUACAACUAAACAUAGAGCACAAUGGAGCCGUCAACCAGUCCGGCCAAGGAUACCUCCCGGAUGAACCGCUACAAGAACAAAGCACUCAACCCAGAGGAGAUGAGACGCAGGAGAGAGGAGGAGGGCAUCCAGCUCAGGAAGCAGAAACGAGAGCAGCAGCUCUUCAAAAGGAGGAACGUGGACGCCCUCACUGAAGAGGAAGCCAUGUUGGAGAGUCCCCUAGUGGACUCGCACAUGAGUCUACCAGUAACUGAAGGUGUCAUCACCAGAGACAUGGUAGAGAUGCUUUUCUCCGAGGACCCGGAGCUUCAGCUUGCCACGACACAAAAGUUUAGGAAACUUCUUUCUAAAGAGCCUAACCCUCCUAUUAAUGAAGUUAUAAACACGGCUGGAGUGGUGGAGAGGUUUGUGGAGUUCCUAAAGAAGAACAGCAACUGCACACUACAGUUUGAAGCUGCCUGGGCUCUCACAAACAUUGCAUCAGGCACGUCCAUGCAGACCAAGACAGUCAUUGAAGCUGGAGCUGUGCCCAUCUUCAUCGAGCUACUAAAUUCUGACUUUGAGGAUGUCCAGGAGCAGGCUGUGUGGGCACUGGGGAAUAUCGCAGGGGACAGUGCUGUGUGCAGGGAUUAUGUGCUAAACUGCAACAUCCUUCCACCUUUAUUAAUGCUCCUGACUAAAUCCACAAGACUGACCAUGACCAGGAACGCUGUGUGGGCUCUGUCUAAUCUCUGCAGAGGAAAAAACCCUCCACCUGCUUUUGAAAAGGUGUCGCCCUGUCUCCCGGUACUCUCCAGACUUUUAUUUAGCAGCGACCCAGACAUGCUGGCAGAUGCGUGCUGGGCGCUCUCCUACCUCUCAGACGGCACCAACGACAAAAUCCAGGCUGUCAUCGACUCCGGAGUCUGCAGGCGCCUCAUAGAGCUGCUCAUGCACGCAGACUACAAGGUGGCCUCUCCUGCCUUGAGAGCAGUGGGGAACAUUGUGACAGGAGAUGACAUCCAGACACAGGUGGUGUUGAACUGCUCUGCCCUGCCUUGUCUGCUGCACCUUCUCAGCAGCGCCAAAGAGUCCAUCCGCAAAGAAGCCUGCUGGACCAUCUCCAACAUCACAGCAGGGAAUCGAGCACAGAUACAGACGGUUAUUGAUGCUAACAUCUUCCCGGUGCUUAUUGAAAUUCUACAAAAAGCCGAGUUCAGGACCAGGAAAGAGGCCGCCUGGGCAAUCUCGAAUGCCACUUCUGGAGGAACGCCGGAACAGAUCAGGUAUUUGGUGAACCUGAACUGUAUCAAACCGCUCUGUGAUCUGCUCAUCGUGAUGGACUCUAAGAUUGUUCAGGUGGCCCUCAAUGGCCUGGAGAAUAUCCUGCGACUGGGCGAGCAGGAGGCCAAGCAGGAGAACAGCACGGGAGUCAAUCCGUACUGCAGCCACAUUGAAGAAGCAUAUGGUCUGGACAAGAUAGAGUUCCUCCAGAGCCACGAGAACCAGGAGAUCUACCAGAAGGCCUUCGACCUCAUCGAGCAUUACUUCGGAGUGGAGGACGAGGACACCAGUCUGGCCCCUCAAGUGGACCAGGCCAAUCAGCAGUUCCUUUUUCCCCAGCAGGAGGCGCCCAUGGAGGGCUUCCAACUGUAAAGGAUAAGAUUUGUCUCAUUUGAUUUGGGAGCUGGUGUAGCGAUUUCUAGGUGUCAUGCCUCUGUUCUCUAUCGCUGAUCUGAAACCAGCCAUACCCCGACUUACAGCGCACACACACAUCUUGCUGCCACGUUUUUGGGGGCGGGAUCUGUUUGUGGCAGUAAUGAUACAAAUAUUUAUAGACAUUUUAUUAUUUUCUUUUCCAAAUGGGACAUUCCUACUUUGAGGAAAGACGCUCACCUCCUUGAUAUCAGCCUGACAUAGUGCAAUUUAACAAAUGUACUUAAAAGUAUAUUUUCUUUUUUUAAUGUUCUACCCUAAACACAUAGGAAUUUUGCUUUAUUUUCUUGUCAGAGAGGCUGAUGUUCCCAAGGGAGGGAUCAAUCUACACACAAUCCAAUGCGGGAGGGGACACAAACUAACAUGUAUCUUUGUUUUUUUUUGUUGUUGUUGUUGUUGUUUUAAUGGGGAUUUUUUUGUGUGUGGAGGGGUGCUGGUGGGAAAAAAAUGUAGAAUGAAUCUGCACUUGAGAAUGACAACGGGCGAGGUUCAAAGUUCUAGAAAUAUCAGGGUUCCUGAAGGUGGUAAAGUUAGAGAUCAAAUGUUCGUAGUGUGCUGUGUUAUUAAUAAUAAGAGUUCAUUUAAAUUAGGAGGUGAUCUAACAAGGCAAAAGCUGGGGGUGAGGAAAGAGGGGGCAGCAAUACAAGCAAUCCAUAUUUACAGAAAGGGAAAUUGCAGUGGAAACAUGCUGCCCCCUCCCUAUCUGCUGCAUGUAUUGCAUGGUGUUUUGUCGCACACUGUCUCUGCACAUCCUCAGCCACCAAGCAGGUAGCAGGAGUCGGGUGGUCAACUACUAAUGGUGUAGAGAUGGUGUCAUGUACUAAAUGGGAUGUACACCAGUGAGACCAUUGACACGGUUCUGUUAUGAGCUUGUGUUACGUAGCCCCUUUCUUCCUCUUCAUGCCACGGUGGUGGAUGUGUCUCAGACAGCGGUGAUUCAAAAGUGUAGUUUCAAUCGGGUAAAAUUAUCUGCAUUGAUAUUCAUGUAUUUGUUUGCGCACGCACACACACACACACACACACACACACACUUGCAUACAACACCAGCACACUGUACACGCACACAUCACACUGAUGAGUGGCUACUAGCAAGAUCUUUUCUUUUUUUUUUAAGUUUCCAGUCUUUAAGUUAGUGAAUUGGCAUACUUUUUUGUUCUUUGCCAAAUAAAAUUUAGUUCAAAUAAAAAGCCAAAUCUUUAUUAAUCCGAAACUACAAAGGUGUAUUAAGACCACUGGUGAAAAAAAAAAUGCUAUGAAGUGCAGAAAUGAUAAGACUCAAUUGGUCAUUUUUCAAGGAAAAAAGUUGUAAUAUUACACAAAAUAAAGAUGCAGCUUUACAAGAUAAGUCUUUUUUUUUUUUUAUAGAAUUAAGUCAAUUUUUGCAAGAUUGAAGUGGUAAAAUGAGAGUAUUGUCAGGUUCCACUUCAGUAUAACUUUCACAAACAAUGCUAGUCCUAGACUGUUGAUUUUGUCAGGUGGGAAUUUUGACAUUCAAAUGACAACAGGUUGUAAUGUAACAUGCUCAUUACUUUUUUUGUGUGUGAGCCUAAUCAUACUUCUGAUAAAAAAAAAUCCUAUUUUAAUUCUUCGUAGUAGUAUGAUGAUUUUCUGAGUAUUACAACUUCAUUCUACACCGGCUACAUUUUUUUCCAGUGUUACCCAAAUACUCACUGUAAGUGCAUAUAAACAAAUUUGGUUAUUUGUUUUGGGGUUUUUUUUUUUUCGGUUAUUCUGAAAACAUGCAGCUUUUCUUCUAACUUUUAUUUUAUGGUAAGAUUAUGAUUUUUUUUCUUGUAAUUGUACUUAAUUUUCAGACCUUCAUCCAAGGUCUGGUUAUUUCAUAUGGAAACUGUUUUUGGUCCUUGCUUUUAGCCACUAUGACUUUUGUUGAUUUGAAUGAGCCGUGUGAACGCUGACCCUUGGCUCGCCGGGGUCGGGGGUCAGUGUGGAGGCUCGUAACGGAGUGGAAGCGUUGUGGUGUGAUGUUUGAUGACUGAGUGGCACCGUGUGAGGAACAGCUCGUUUGCUUGACUCUGUGACUUGGUCCCCCAUCAGAGUCCAGAGAGCCUCUUGUUCUGUGGAGGACUUGUUGGAUACCAAACAUCCCUUUCAUCAACAUCCACAUUGACUUACCAUAGCAACGAUGAAGCUGUCAUUUCUUGAGAUGUUCUCCACAGAACAUGUGCGCUCUUUGAAGACAUACACUAAUGAUAAUAAUUGAGCAUCAACAGCAUCUCUACAUGACAAAUGUGCAGAGCAGGAUUCAUCAAGGAAGUCUUUGAUUUCAUGGAAAAAUUGCAAUGUUUAAAGAAUCAGGAAGGUGUUUAAUUUCCGCAAAACUGCACUCCUUUUCACAAAAGUGCCAAUCUGACCAACAAAGACUGGAGGUUCUUAUAUAUCCUUCUUGGACCUAUAGAUUUAUCUUUUCUUUUUAUAUAAAUAUAUAUCUUUUAUUUACUUGAAUGUGCACAUAUUGUGCAAAAAAAAACAACAUUGCUGCUCUAUUUUCCUUACCUUUUUUUAAGUUACAUUAUUUUGCCAUUGGAAAAGAUGGCUUUCUUUUCUGUGGGCACCUGAAUAAGAAGUGAUGCAUUUAACUAGUCUUUCCAGCUAGCCCCGCUUCAGUAUAUUGCAGUCUAGCAAUGGCUUUCACUGUCAUAUAGUGGAGUGCAAACCACUGUAUUGGGAAUGAGUCUGCAGCCAGUCCUCUCUUUACACAUGCUGCAAGUUAAGUGAACAAUUUCAGGCGCUUUCCUUCAAGUUUACCAAAGUUUAUCUUCCCAAUUUUAAGGCUGUGACGUUUACUUCCCAGCACCUUGUCACAAUGGGAGCUUUCUGCAGGCCAUUCUAAGUCACACUUGCUCCUUUUGCUUCAUUUAUGGGUUAAGGAGUUGAUGAACACACAAAGAAAACCUCCGAGACUGCAAUAUAUAUUUUUAAAAAAACAACAUGAGGCCCUCUUGAGGCAGAGAUGACAUCUGCUCAUACUUGACGUUUUUCUAAGUUAUAAAAAAAUCUGGGAUUCAUAAAUGCAGUGAUUUACAUGAAAAGGUAUUAUAUGUAUGUUCUGAUACAUUGACAGGGAUUCACAUAAUUGUAAUCACUUCUGAGAAGUGGGCAUUUGGAAUAUGUCACAGGAAAAUAGGCUUUUUUUUUCCUGAUCGGGAUAUUCUGAGAUAUAUUUUUGGAUAAUUGUGUUUAGAUUAAAAAGAAAAAGCUGCCUAAUCAUGAAAUCAUGUUCAAGAUGGAAUAGUCAUUACAAAAAAAAAAUUCCCAAAUAUGACUUUAUAUGUCUUCCGUCCUACAGAAACUGUUGGCGUAUGUAUCACAAAACAACGCCACGCUUGGCUUAGUCACAUCAUGUCGUCUAACGCUGCAAAUGUUUACAAUGUUUGUAUACUACUUUUCAUGUAUAACAUCACUGACCAGUCCUCAUCUUUUCUACUCUGGUCCUUUUCAUUUCUUUUUAUUUAUUUUCUCUAUCCUUUUCCCUGUUUGUUUCCAUUUGCUCCAAAAUAACCCCAUCUCUCUUAAACUGUGACUCGACUUGACUUAACCGACGGUAUGAAUGAGUGACAAGAAAACACUUCAAGUGAACAUGACACACAAACAUGAACAUGGGGAAAAAUACAUGUCAAUAAAAUAUGUAAUGGUAUUAAAUUACUGU